AUGGGUGACAGAAUCCUGCUGACUGGUGAAAUCCUCCAGCAGAAAUGGAACCAAUUUGCUGAUUUGGUUGGGAUUGCAGAGGAAGACAGGCUGAGCUUGAGCAAUGGGUGGCUGCAACACUUCAAGGCUAGGAAUGGGUUGAAAGAGGUUAAACGACAUGGUGAAGCCGUAUCAGCAAACACUCACAACAGAGGCUUAUCUGAUCGUAAACAUUCCAGUGUCAAAGGAAAAAAGCACAGGUUGACAUAUCUGUUCACUUCAAAUGCUGAUGGAUCAGAGAAACUCCUGCCAUUUGUCAUCAGAAAGGCAGUGUGGCCCCGGGCAUUCAACAAAAAAACUGGUACCCAGCUUGGGUUUUAUUAUCGGAAUAAUGCAAAGGCUUGGAUGAUGGCUCACCUUUAUCAGGAUUGGAUUAAUGAUUGGGAUCGUGACCUUCAACAACAGGGUUGCAAGAUUAUGUUGCUCCAAGACAACUUUUCAGGUCACAUCGUUCUGCCAGGCCUUCAGAACAUUCAGGUUGAGAACUUUGAGCCGAAUCUCAUCACACACAUCCAACCAAAAGAUCAGGGCAUUAUCUGGUGCUUCAAAGCCCACUACCGCAAGGAGUUCAUCCAACGAGCCAUCAAUCAGUAUGACCGAGGGAUAACACCAGCAAAUAUCUAUGACAUUGAUCAGUUAGAGGCAAUGCAAAUUGCAGAUCUGGCCUGGCAUGAGGUCGACACCACCACCAUUCGAAAUUGCUGCCAAAAGGCAGGAAUACUACCUGAAAUUGAACCCCCCACACCACAGCCUACAAUCCCCAUCUCUUCCCUCCUAGAUGCAUCAUCCUUCCAUCCAGACCCAAUUGUUCAAGCAGAGAGACAAGUGGAGGAGGCGCUCGACAACUUGGUUGCCACAGGGGCACUUCAAAAGAACAAUCGGAUGGACAUAGAAUCACUUCUUAAUCCAGAAGGCGAAUCCCACAUUAUGAUGGAAUCCACAGAUAUGGAGAUUUAUCAGGACAUCAUGGAUGCAAGAGCUGCAAGUGAGAAUCUCAAGAUAAACGGUGGCAAUGAUCUUGAUGAAGGCGCACCCGUUGAACCUCAACCUUCUCGUUUUUUGCGACUGUCCACUGAGGGGUAUGGGUUAAGAGAGUCAUGGUCAUGCAUUGUGGUCACAUUGUGUCAGGGUCAUGGUAAUGAGGUGAUGUCGAGCCAUUUGGUUUCGUUGCCAUCCUCGUCCACAUCUACCAUUGCCAUUCAUCCUCAUCACUGUUACCCCUUUGGAGGGACAAUGGCUCUUUCGACUAGAGCCAGGUGGUUGUGGGGUGUAUGGGGAGGCUACUGCAUGUAUAAUGGGUUGCAGGGAAGAUAG